UCUUAAUCGCUUUAUGUCAUCUUUUAAACCCCCAUAGGUUCAAGUGCAGUCAACCUUUAUGAGAUAAUCAUGGGCUCUACUUUUGUAAGACUCAUCAGAUGUACACUUGUAAGCAGUGCAAGACUGCAACUCAUUUCAAAUGUGAUAUUAUUUUGGCAAGCUCGCUACAAGAUGUUCAGGAGGAUCUCAAUUAUGUUAAAGAGUUUAUAGCUCAACUAGAGUGUCUGGCUUAUCAGAAUUCACUCCCACUUUACAACUCUGAGUUAAGUACAACUCUUGAAGAUUUCAAACAACAAGUUGAAAAUCUUGAUGAAAAUUUACAAGAAGCUUUGAAAAGGAAUCUUCAGCUUAAUUUUGUAGCUCUCGAGGCUGAGUUGGCACAGAUACAACUCAGUCUCUCUGAAAAUGAAGAAAUAAGAGAGAUAUUAUUCCUUUCAGCAAGUAGAGAAGCAUCAUUGCAAAGAUCUCAGAAUUUGAAGAAAGCUGAAAAUUCUAAAAAGAUGCCUCAGCACCAAGUCCAAACAGACCAAGUAAAGAGAAACUUCAGAGCAAGAAACCAAAAUGAGGCUGAAAAUGCUUUCCAUAGGAACUUAUUAAACUUUGAUAAUUCCAGAUUAAGAGACUUCAGAACAAAUUCAAGAAAUUUCACUAGGAAUCUUUGGACAAAAUUUAAGCAAAAGCAAAGUAGCUUAAUAAUCAGAGAAGGCUUUAUGAAACUAAAAGUCAAUUUCUGGUUGAUCUUAUUAUCCAUAAUACUGAUCUUAAUGUUCCCUAUGCUUACAAAUAAAUUCAGUGAGUAUACCUCACAAGGUGAAUUUAGUAUCGAAGAUUUAUCAAUGAAAGUAGACCAAUUAAAAAUAUAUACUGACAGAAAAGAUUUAGAGCAAAUAACUGAACUUAACAGGGUAAAGAAAAUAGUUGCUAAACAAAUUGAUAAAGACCCUGAUGAAAGAGAGCUCGCUCUUGAUACUGCAAAUAGUACGUCUAAUGAAUUUAUGCAGAGCAUGAUUGAUCUUAAUUAUCGUAUGGGACCAAAAGAAGUGUUUGAAAUGUACAAUGUUAUAGGGGGUCAGCAAUUCCUAAUAAGAAACUUUUUGUCCAGCUAUUACCCUCCUUCUAUUGAGUUUUUCUCGUUUAACAGAGAAAUUAAUCUUCCGAGAGCAGCAUAUAAUUCUCACGGAAGAGUGUAUUAUAAUCAAUAUGGUAUACAGGAUGUUAUUCGUACAACAAAAAGCCAAGUUUAUUUGAACAAACUGAGUUUAUCUUAUGAUGAUCUUUCUCAAAUUAUGAGAGCAUCAGCAAAUUCAAAAAAAUUAAUCAUAAAGGAUUGUGAUAUUAAUGUAUCCCCAGAUCUCGAUUUUUCCACUGAUUAUCCUCCAAAAACCGAAUAUCUGAGCUUUGAGAAUACUAAACUGAUAUUGAAAAAUAAGUCAAGAAAUUGCCAAAAUAACAAUUGUCAAUUAACAUUAGAGGAUGUUAUAAUCGCCAUAAAAACUUCUCACUUUAUCGACUCACUAAAGACUAUCAAUAUUUAUCAAGCAGGGAUUUAUACUGAGUAUGCAGAAGACCUUCUGAACAAUCACGGCUUAUACAACAUUGAAAUAAUUCAAGAACAGACAAGCUUUGCUGAAAAAUAAUAAAUCACUUACACACCCAAAUAUCUUCAACCC